UGGAGAGAAAAAGAUAAACUCUGAACUAGUGCAGCCAGUUCAGCUAUAAAGAACAGACCUAUAGAAGUCUGUGGUGUUGACUACACGUGGUGAGAGAUUUAACUUAAUCCUAAUCUAAAAAAACAGAAUGGGUCACGGAAGAAAGGGUCGAUGUGUAAAGCGAAAUAAGAAAAUAAAUGUAGGAGAAAAGGAAGAAUUGAUACAAGCGCCUCAUUCCUUUGUACUUCAUCGCGGAUUGCCAGGCGAACAUAUUAUAGAGCUUACUAAAGAUUUUCGCAGAGUAAUGGAACCUUUUACAGCUUCGUCUUUGAAGGUUCGAAAGAAAAAUACAAUUAAAGACUUUGUUUCUGUUUCGAGCGUCCUUCAUGUUAGUCACAUGUGUAUAUUUACAAAAACGGAAUUGGGAAUGUAUCUCAAGCUUUGCAGGUUGCCCAGGGGACCUACACUUACUUUUAAAAUACACAGCUUCUCUUUAGCACGAGAUGUAAUAUCUAUGUUGAAGAAGCAAAUGGUAUAUGAAGAAGCUUUCAAGAGUUCUCCACUAGUAGUUUUAAAUAAUUUUAGUGGGGAAGGCAUGCAAUUGAAACUUAUAGCUUCUAUGUUCCAGAACAUGUUUCCUGCCAUAAAUUUGACUACUGUUAAUUUGAGUACAAUUCGCCGUUGUGUAUGUUUAAAUUAUAAUGCAACAACAAAAACCAUCGAUUUCAGACAUUAUGCAAUCAAAGUUAUACCUGUAGGUUUAUCAAAGGGUAUUAGUAAAAUUGUACAAGCAAAAGUUCCAAAUUUAUCAAAAUGUCAAGAUAUUUCGGAAUUCUUAACGAAACCGGGAAUGUCUGAAAGUGAAGCGGAAGAUGAUGAGACUAAUCGUGUUACAUUAUCACAAGAAUUAUCUUCAAGAGGAAAUUAUGCUAACUCCCAGAGUGCGAUUCGAUUAUUUGAAUUAGGACCCAGAAUAACAUUACAGUUAAUCAAAGUGGAAAAUGGGCUUCUUGAUGGUGAAGUUCUUUUCCAUGAAUUUGUACAUAAAACAGAGGAAGAAAAACUGAUAAUAAAGAAAAAGAGGGACAAAAAAAAGAAAUUGAAAGAAGAAAGGAAAAAGAUACAAGAAGAUAAUGUAGAAAAGAAGAAAGCUCUUCAAAAAUCUUUUGAGAAAACUGAGAUAGAAGAAGAUGAUGAUGCACAAUAUUAUCGUGAAGAAGUAGGAGAAGAACCUGAUAAAGAUUUGUUUCAAACAAAAGUUGGCACCAAGAGGCCACAUAAAUAUGUAACAAAAUUUAAAUCGAAGAAAACCAAAGGUAAUUACCUUUAAUCCACUUUGGUUUUCUUGAUACAAUUCAAUUGAUACAAUUCAAUUGCAUGUACUAAUUGUUCACGCUUGCGCAAUAAAAGAUAGAAACUUUGACUAUGAAAAUAUGAACUGUUAGUUACCCCCACUUUUCCUAUCUAACCCGUGUACUAUCUAACCCGUGUACUAUCUAACCCAUGUAUAAGGACAUGUAUUCAACAUCUUUCGAUAUUUUGUCCUAUCGAAGAAAACCAAAGUGGAUUAAAGGUAAUUACCUUUGGUUUUCUUCGAUAGGAAAAAAUAUCGAAAGAUGUUGAAUACAUGUCCUUAUACAUGGGUUAGAUAGUACA